AUGGCGUGUAAGAAUUUAACAUACCUCAUUUUAAUUGUUCUCAUAAAAGUCGGACUAUCUAUUGAAGGUGACAUACAAGUUAUAAACAAUGAUGUAAAUGAAUAUGAAGAAAAUGAUAAUAAAACGGAUAUGUUUGAUAGUGAAAUCUAUAAUACGUCUUACAUAGAUACAAGUAGACCUAUAAAUAUAAUAGUAAAUAACGGACAUCACAAGAAAUGUGAAGCAUUAAAUACAACAGUAUCUGAUGAUUUAGAAUACAUCGAAUCGAAUACAUUAGAUUCUGUUUAUUUGAAUAAUAUACAUUCUAGUUUGACAUCGAAUCUAAUAGAAGACAAUUUGUCAGUUAGUACAAUGAAUGUAGAAGGAUUUAAUUUGUUCGAUGUAGUGAAUAGUGAUUGUGGUGGCGCUACCGUGUGUCCCAGUGUGAGUGGCGAUUGGACUAAUGAUAAAACUAUUACUGUUGGGUUUCUUGGCGCCUACGGAAGAAGUCAGACAGUGCUGGGCGCUUUACCGCUGGCCAUAGCAGCUAUCAAUCGAGAACCAAGCCUCCUUCCUGGUUUAAAGCUCCGCUUCGUCGCUGCUGACAUUGGCCGCCCAAGACCACAUUUACCAAAGGAUAAAGACAGUCUUUCUUUAAGGGUGAUGACACAAAUGCGUGACUUGGGCGUGGUGGCAUUCUUCGGACCUGACGGUACCUGCCACACGGAAGCCAAGUUAGCAGCCGCCUGGAAUCUCCCUCUUAUAUCUCAUAAAUGCGCCGGCGCACAUGGUUCCGAAAAAGGCUCGGGUCUCGGUGCAACCUUUGCGAGGACUUUACCACCUGCCUUCAAAGCCUCUAAGUCGGUGAUAGCGUUGCUGAAAGCCUUCAGUUGGAACAAGUUUGCCAUCAUUGCCGGAGAUGAGCAGACUGCUGCUGGACAGCAAAUGGAUGCUAUUAAGGAGCUUGCACAAACCAACGGCAUGGUGAUAACGGCUGAGCACCGCUUUGCAGACUACAUCCCUCUCCACAUCUCUGAAAUGGAGCGGAUCGUGGACCAAACUUAUGAUAAGACAAGAGUAUACGUAUUCCUGGGUGAACACAUAGCCCUGGUAGACUUUGUGAAGGUACUACAGAAACGUGGUCUGCUGACCAACGGCGAGUACGCCGUAGUCGCCGUCGAUGAUGAGAUAUACGACCCCAGUACAGCUGCCAUCACACAUGCUGAUCACCUGGGGCAGAACAGCAGUAACGACAUUUUGGCAUUCAGAGCAGUUCUCAAGCUGACUCCUUCGUUUCCCACCAAUCCACACUAUGAGAUGCUGUGUCAAAUGAUCCGGGAACUGUCAGCUGCUCCUCCGUUCUGCGUACCUAAUUACCACAGAAUCUUUGAAGAUGCCUCGGUACCGAUAGAAGCAGCCCAUCUGUACGACGCGGUCACUCUGUGGGCCCGGGCGGUGACCGCAGCUAUUCGCUCUGGUAUCCCGCCAACAGAUGGCGCCGCACUCAUGAAGCUCCUCAGACCUACAACCUACAGAUCUGUUCAAGGAUUUGACGUGAACAUGGACAGAGCUGGCGAUGCCGAGGGAAACUUCACAGUGAUUGGUCUAUUGGCUGACUCAACUGUCCCGGCUGGCUGGAGCGCACAGCCUGUAGCGGCCUUUAGAUACGUCAACUCAUCGGAUUUAUUGCCAGAACUGGUUGGAGCGAAUAACAUAGCCUGGAUAGGGCACAGUCCACCGAGAGCUGAACCCGAAUGCGGUUUCGAUGGGAUCAAAUGUGCUUUACCACACGACCCUGGCGUUCUAUCAGCCGCUGUGGCAGUAGCAGCUGCAGCAAUCCUGGCUGCCGCGCUAAUGAUACGUCACUACAGAUACGAGCAGAAGUUAGCCUCAGUGUUGUGGAGGAUCGAGGCUAAAGAUUUGAAAUUCAUUUCGCACAACACGCAUCAGGGAACUGACAAGGUAUUGUAUGAUACGUCAGUUCAGCACGACAUGGAGACUCGACGAGCUCACACUACCAUAGCUCUUCAUAGAGGCAACAUCGUGGCCGUUAAGAGACUGCAAAAGAAAAGUAUUGACAUUACAAGAGCUAUCAAGAAAGAAUUAAAACAAAUCCGAGAACUUCGCCAUGAAAAUUUGACAGCGUUUGUGGGAGUGUGCGUGGAAAGUAGUUCUACGUGCAUCGUUUCUGCCUAUUGCUCCCGAGGCUCUCUAGCCAGGGUCCUGGCCGAUCGAGACCUACAUCUGGACGACAUGUUUGUAGCCAGCCUGGUAGCAGAUCUACUGAGAGGCCUGACUUACCUACAUGAUUCAGCAUUGGUCUCGCACGGAAAUUUAACUUCGAGUAACUGUUUGGUGGAUAGUCGUUGGGUGCUGCAAAUUGCUGACUACGGACUGCAUAAUUUGAAAUAUGGCUGUUCUGAUGCAGAAGAUGCUUUGCGUAUGGAAAGGCGCAUGCUGUGGCGCGCGCCUGAACUACUGAGAGACCCGAACCCUCCAGCUAGAGGAUCACAAAAGGGAGACGUGUACUCUUUCGGCAUCAUUCUGUAUGAAAUACUUGGGAGGAAUGGACCUUGGGGUGAUACUAUUCUUACCAAUGCAGAAAUCAUUGGACGAGUACGUCAACCUAUCGGUGGGGUGCUAUUCAGACCACCGCUUGGAGGACUAGUAGCCAGGCCAGCGGUCCUAGCGGUGUUGAAUGCUUGCUGGGGCGAGCGUCCUGACCGCAGGCCUGAUUUGAGACUCGUGAGACUGAGACUUAAAGAUAUGCAUGCUGGCAUGAAAACAAACAUCUUCGACAAUAUGCUGGCCAUGAUGGAGAAGUACGCGUCGAACCUGGAGACGAUAGUGGCUGAAAGGACGGAACAACUUUUACUGGAGAAGAAGAGGACAGACGAUUUACUGAAUAGAAUGCUACCCAGAACCGUAGCAGAGGCGUUGAAACGUGGCGAGAGAGUCCAGGCAGAAAGCUUUGACUGCGUCACAAUAUAUUUCAGUGACAUUGUCGGGUUUACCAAAUUAGCAGCUACCAACACUCCGAUGCAGGUGGUGGAAAUUUUGAACGACUUAUACACGUGUUGCGACGACAUAAUAUCGUACUACAAUGUUUAUAAAGUAGAAACCAUAGGCGACGCCUACAUGGUGGUAGGCGGUCUACCAGAAAGAUGUUCAAAGCACGCUGCAGAAGUGGCGUCACUGGCUUUACACGUGCUUGAUGCUGUACCAAAAAUUCUAAUGCGCAAUAUGCCGGCUGCGAGACUGCAUAUUAGAAUAGGAAUACACAGCGGGCAAUGUGCUGCAGGCGUGGUUGGCAUGAAGAUGCCUCGCUACUGCCUGUUCGGAGACACAGUGAACACUGCCGCUAGAAUGGAGUCCAGCGGUGAACCACAACGAAUCCACAUCAGCCAUGACACGUACCAGUUACUUAAACAACAUGGUGGAUAUCACUUUAAGGAGAGAGGAAUAAUUAACAUUAAGGGAAAAGGGGAAAUGCGAACAUGGUGGCUAGUGGGCGAAGACAAUGACAGAAGAAGUAGCAUGAUCAACAGAUAUCGUCCUGGUCUCUCUAACAACAUCCAAGAAAACGAAGACUCUCUUUGGGGGUUGAACCGUUCAAGCCUCAAUAUUCGAGACCGAGCUCGUCUCUCGUGUGGAGGUUCUCUAGGCCCUGGUUCAGCGCUGUCCUCCCCUGGCCCUCCAGCUUGUGACUGCUUCGAUUUCUGGUUGAAGAACGACUGUGAAGUUAUCGAACAGAACGAUGCAGAAUCUUUAAAAGAUGUGCAGCUAGAUAGAAAUGUUUACAAAGGGAGCUAUUUAGAUGUGAAAGUUCCUAUAGAUGAUGUUUUAGGUGUCAAGAUUGAUAAAAAUAGUACCCAAAAUAAAUAUUUAGAAGAAGUGAAAGUGGAUUUAAAGAUCCCCGAUAGUGGGUAUAUCGAAGAUAGUUACAACGAUUACAUGUUAUUCUACCAAUUUGGUCAGAGAGAGAUAGAAGAUAACUCGGCGAUUCGUGCCAGAAACCUCGCUGCACUGAAACGUCUAUAUUGUCUGGACUAUGAUUUUGGUACUUGGUUGUAA